UUCCGAGAGGCUGCCAAGCUAAAUAGUGGUUGUGGGAAAAGAACAAAUAUCUUUUCUAAUGAUUGAUUUCCAGUUAAGGAGAGGAAUGGAAAGUAAAGGGGUAAGGACAGACGUUCAUCAAGUCUUAGGAAGUUUCAGGGCUGGGAGUAUAUUGCAGGGCCAAGCCUUAGUUUUUCCCUGUCUUUCCAUUUUUUUUUCUCUUUCCUUUUUUCCUCAUUUCCCCACUCCCUCCUUGGUCCAGGUUCUCGCCUGCAGAAAGAUAUAGUUUACCUCUAGUUCUCAAACUUCAGCGGGCAUCAGAAUUCCCUGGAGGGUUUGUGCAAACACAGAUUGCUGGGCCCCACUCCCACAGAUUCUAAGUGUGUGUGUGUCUGUGUGUGUGUGUAUGUGUGUGUGUAGAGGGGUGGUGGACGAAAGCGCUCAGAUUUUGUAUUUCUAACAGGCUCCCAGGUAAUGCUUGGGAAGAACUGUUGCUUCUUGGACAGCAACACUUACAAGGCAACGUGAUCUUGAGCUCCACCUCGAAGGAUGUGAGCUGGGAAAGUUCCAGCUCACAGAGAUUUAGUCACUUGAGAAACGGUCCACUUCCUCCAAGGUGUUUCUUGGAUGCCCCAAAGGGAUGAAAACAAGAAGUGACCGUGGGCGAGGAGGAGGAGCUGGCCGACCUCCUCGGUUGCCAGCCCGUCGGAGCUCACCAGCUAGGCGAGGGCGGGAAGACAGCCCCCGGGCCGGCCCACGGAUCCUCAGAAGGCGCGGACCUGGAGGAGGCGCCCCAGAAGGCGACGCCUCUUGCCUCCUGUCUCUCGCCUCUCGAAGGAAGUUUGCUCUUAAUUUCAGAGCCGGGUUCGCUGUCGGAUCAACCUCCAGGAGCUAGCAGUGGGCGCGGACCAGAGCGGCCAAUCCCCUGGGCGCGGGCCGGGCAGUUUCCGCGCUCAGCACAGGCAGCUCGCGGUCAUGGGCGGCUCAGCCUCCAGCCAGCUGGACGAGGGCAAGUGCGCUUACAUCCGAGGGAAAACUGAGGCUGCCAUCAAAAACUUCAGUCCCUACUACAGUCGUCAGUACUCUGUGGCUUUCUGCAAUCAUGUGCGCAGUGAAGUAGAACAGCAAAGAGAUUUAACGUCACAGUUUUUGAAGACCAAGCCACCAUUGGCACCUGGAACUAUUUUGUAUGAAGCAGAGCUAUCACAAUUUUCUGAAGACAUAAAGAAGUGGAAGGAGAGAUACGUUGUAGUUAAAAAUGAUUAUGCUGUGGAGAGCUAUGAGAAUAAAGAGGCCUAUCAGAGAGGAGCUGCUCCUAAAUGUCGAAUUCUUCCAGCCGGUGGCAAGGUGUUAACCUCAGAAGAUGAAUAUAAUCUGUUGUCUGACAGGCAUUUCCCAGACCCUCUUGCCUCCAGUGAGAAGGAGAACACUCAGCCCUUUGUGGUCCUGCCCAAGGAAUUCCCAGUGUACCUGUGGCAGCCCUUCCUCAGACACGGCUACUUCUGCUUCCACGAGGCUGCUGACCAGAAGAGGUUUAGUGCCCUCCUGAGUGACUGCGUCAGGCAUCUCAAUCAUGAUUACAUGAAGCAGAUGACAUUUGAAGCCCAAGCCUUUUUAGAAGCUGUGCAAUUCUUCCGACAGGAGAAGGGUCACUAUGGUUCCUGGGAAAUGAUCACUGGGGAUGAAAUCCAGAUCCUGAGUAACCUGGUGAUGGAGGAGCUCCUGCCCACUCUUCAGAUAGACCUGCUGCCUAAGAUGAAGGGGAAGAAGAAUGACAGAAAGAGGACGUGGCUUGGUCUCCUCGAGGAGGCCUACACCCUGGUUCAGCAUCAAGUUUCAGAAGGAUUAAGUGCCUUGAAGGAGGAAUGCAGAGCUCUGACAAAGGGCCUGGAAGGAACGAUCCGUUCUGACAUGGAUCAGAUUGUGAACUCAAAGAACUAUUUAAUUGGAAAGAUCAAAGCGAUGGUGGCCCAGCCGGCGGAGAAAAGCUGCUUGGAGAGUGUGCAGCCAUUCCUGGCAUCCAUCCUGGAGGAGCUCAUGGGACCAGUGAGCUCGGGAUUCAGUGAAGUACGUGCACUCUUUGAGAAAGAGGUGAAUGAAGUCAGCCAGAACUUCCAGACCACCAAAGACAGUGUCCAGCUAAAGGAGCAUCUAGACCGGCUUAUGAAUCUUCCGCUGCAUUCCGUGAAGAUGGAACCUUGUUAUACUAAAGUCAACCUGCUUCACGAGCGCCUGCAGGAUCUCAAGAGCCGCUUCAGAUUCCCCCACAUUGAUCUGGUGGUUCAGAGGACACAGAACUACAUGCAGGAGCUAAUGGAGAAUGCAGUGUUCACUUUUGAGCAGUUGCUUUCCCCACAUCUCCAAGGAGAGGCCUCCAAAACUGCAGUUGCCAUUGAGAAGGUUAAGCUCCGAGUCUUAAAGCAAUAUGAUUAUGACAGCAGCACCAUCCGAAAGAAGAUAUUUCAAGAGGCACUAGUUCAAAUCACACUUCCCACUGUGCAGAAGGCACUGGCGUCCACAUGCAAACCAGAGCUUCAGAAAUAUGAGCAGUUCAUCUUUGCAGAUCAUACCAAUAUGAUUCACGUUGAAAAUGUCUAUGAGGAGAUUUUACAUCAGAUCCUGCUUGAUGAAACUCUGAAAGUGAUAAAGGAAGCUGCUAUCUUGAAGAAACACAACUUAUUUGAAGAUAACAUGGCCUUGCCCAGUGAAAGUGUGUCCAGCUUAACAGAUCUAAAGCCCCCCACAGGGUCAAACCAGGCCAGCCCUGCCAGGAGAGCUUCUGCCAUUCUGCCAGGAGUUCCGGGUAGUGAGACCCUCAGUAACGAAGUAUUCCAGGAGUCAGAGGAAGAGAAGCAGCCUGAGGUCCCUAGCUCGUUGGCCAAAGGAGAAAGCCUUUCUCUCCCUGGGCCAAGCCCACCCCCAGAUGGGACUGAGCAGGUGAUUAUUUCAAGAGUGGAUGACCCCGUGGUGAAUCCUGUGGCAACAGAGGACACAGCAGGACUCCCGGGCACAGGCUCAUCAGAGCUGGAGUUUGGAGGGACCCUUGAGGAUGAAGAACCUGCCCAGGAAGAGCCAGAACCCAUCACUGCCUCAGGUUCUUUGAAGGAGCUCAGAAAGUUGCUGACAGCGUCCGUGGAAGUACCAGUGGACUCUGCUCCAGUGAUGGAAGAAGAUAUGAAUGGGGAGAGCCACGUUCCCCAAGAAAAUGAAGAAGAAGAGGAAAAAGAGCCCAGUCAGGCAGCUGCCAUCCAUCCCGACAACUGUGAAGAAAGUGAAGUCAGCGAGAGGGAGGCCCAACCUCCCUGUCCCGAGGCCCAUGGGGAGGAGUUGGGGGGAUUUCCAGAGGUAGGCAGCCCAGCCUCUCCGCCAGCCAGUGGAGGGCUCACCGAGGAGCCCCUGGGGCCCAUGGAGGGGGAGCUCCCAGGAGAGGCCUGCACACUCACUGCCCAUGAAGGAAGAGGGGGCAAGUGUACCGAGGAAGGGGAUGCCUCACAGCAAGAGGGCUGCACCUUAGGUUCUGACCCCAUCUGCCUCAGUGAGAGCCAGGUUUCUGAGGAACAAGAAGAGAUGGGAGGGCAAAGCAGCGUGGCCCAGGCCAUGGCCAGUGUGAAUGCAGAGGAGAUCAAGGUAGCCCGUGUUCAUGAGUGUCAGUGGGUGGUGGAGGAUGCUCCAAACCCGGAUGUCCUCCUGUCACACAAAGAUGACGUGAAGGAGGGAGAAGGUGGUCAGGAGAGUUUCCCAGAGCUGCCCUCAGAGGAGUGAAAGGGACAAUUUGGCUGAAGUCUUUCUCUGAAAAAAGCCAAAGGGUUAUAGGGGUACACUUAGGGGUUGCAUGCAAGCUGUUACCAAAAAAUUUUUAAGUAUUUUCUUAAUUUGAAUAAUAAAACCAGAGGAAAUGCAUACAGGGCAUGAGCAACUGAGGCAAACCUUUGUGGACAUGAAUUGUUCUACAAUGAAUUUUUGCUUUAGUAUUUUAAUAAGAAUUACAAAGGCAAUGGCAUACUUGGGGUGAGAGGGAGUUGAGGAUGUCUGAGGAGGGAAUAGUAUUGCAGGGAAGACUGAGAAAACAGUAGGAUGACAGUUUUGAGUAUACUCUGCACUUUUCAAUUGUGCAAUCUUCUUGUGCACUUUAAGGCUUUUUAAUUUUGUUUGAGAAUGCAAAUGUAUACUGUAAGUCUACCUUUACUAUCUACUAUGCCUACUUCACCAUCUCUUAAGGACUCGGCAUUUGUCCACAGUCAGACUGCAAGAGAGGGUAGGUCAUGAACAGUCACCUGUGCUGGCUGUAGCCCCACAGAGGCAAUCAUGCCCAAUAGAUUCAAGAGAAGCUAAGCGGAAAUGGAGGGCGGAAGGUGUGAUCUGUAGGACUGUCUGGGCCUGUUACUCAUCCUGCUAUCAAUUUCUUAUUAAUUAAUCUUGAUGAUUCUUAUUAAUUAAUCACAUUUUCAGGAAAUUCAGAUGAGGCAAGAAAAUUUUAUUGGCCUGGGUAAGCCUGAAAGCAUUCCAAAUUAGGCUUAAACUGUGCAAAGGGCUUAGCUAAGUUAUUGAGCUUAAAACCCGUCAAUUAAACAAACAUUAUUUGAACAGUUACUGCAUGCCACGCACUGUGUUGGGCUUAGUAAUAAAAAAAAGAAAAGAUAAGUGCUUGUUCUAGCAUAAAUUAAAAGGUCCAAGGGAAUUUAAUCUGGAAGAGAACAUAUGCCAAAUUUUAAACUAUGACAGCUUUUUUUUUUCUCUUUCCAUUCAAAUAGUCCUGGUUCAUUCCCAGAAGGGCACAAAAUGAAUGAAUAAAUAAAUAAAUGAAUAAAGACAAAAGCCAAGGUGUAUGCUCUCAAGUUCCAAAGAUGUUAUCAAAAGCUGAAAUCAUUUGUUUGGUCAUUCAGCAAGCUAAUUGAGUCUCUGUUAUAUACCAAGCACUGGGGAUACCAUGGCGAAAAACAACUUUGUUCCUUCCUCCUAGAACUUACAUUUUAAUGGAAAUAGACAAAACACAUCUUCUUAACGGAUGGUGACCUAUAACCAUUAAUGUUGAAAAUGGAAGAGACUUGCUUCCAAAAGAUUAAAAGGAGUUGUUCUUUUCUCCUUCAGAAAAAUACCAGAUCAUUUCCUAAAAUCUCCAGUCCCAAGUAUUACAUCGUGGUUUCCCUCCCCGACUUUUUAUUUUAUUUUAUUCUAUUUUUUUGAGAUGGAGUCUCACUCUGUCGCCAAGGCUGGAGUGCAGUGGUGUGAUCUCGGCUCACUGCAACCUCCGCCUCCUGGGUUCAGGAGAUUCUCCUCUGUCAGCCUCCCAAGUAGCUAGAAUUACAGCCAUGCGGCACCAUUCCUGGCUAAUUUUUGUAUUUUUGGUAGAGAUGGGUUUUCACCAUGUUGGCCAGGCUGGUCUCAAACUCCUGAUUUCAAGCGAUCCACCCACCUCGACUUCCCAAAGUGCUGGGAUUACAGCGUGAGCUACCUGGCCCCUCCCCAAAUUUUAACAUCAGAUCUCAACAUAUUUGUUGAGAACUUGUUUAGAUCAUCACUAUCGAGUAAAUUUAUGUCAGUUCUUUAGAGCAUUUGCUUCACACACAGUUCAACCAUUUAACCAGAAAUUAAAAUAUCACCCUUUUCAGCCCUCCCAUGAAGAAUUUCUAGGUCAUAAACAUGAAUAAUACUCAGUAUAUGUAUAAUAUCAUAUUUAAUUGUUGCAACUUUUCUUGGCGUGUUUAAAUCCUCAUGUCUUUGAGGGAUCCCACCACAGGUGAAGGAAGUAAAGACCACUUCUCCCCCAGUCUCUGCUUUCUGCAGUGCUCACUCAUAUCCUGGCAUUUAGCAUGGUGUGUUGAAAUUAGGUUUACUUCUUGUCUCUCCAAGAGGCUCCUCUCUUAAAAGACAGAAACUAGGGUUUAGUCAUCAUUUGUGCUUCCUGCUAGAAACCCACAGCCUUGAAUAAUGGCUUCCUGCCUCCUUGAGUCACUUUAAUAUCCCUGGUGCAUAGGACCUGGCAUGCGUCAGGCUGCUCGGGAAAUGUGGGAACUGGACACCCAGAACACUGCUGUGCUGGGGCUAUUUGGGGCCUGCUGUCAGGCAGAAAGACGUUUUGAAUUGGGCUUUCUGCCCUUGUUGAGUUUUCUCUUAAGUAAAGUCCAAAGUCCAAGGGGCAGAUGGCCAGAUGCACUGCCCAGUAAGGCAGGAAGCCAAAGAGGCAGUGCCCAGCCCCACAAAGGCUGCCCGACUCCCUGGGACAGUAGUGUGGAGUCCCAGCCCAGGCUGACCUCACACCGGAGCUUCCUAGCUUCCUUUCUUUGCUCAGUGCAGGGCUUCUUGCACCCCCUGGAAAGCUAAGAGAUUUUUUUCAACCCUGAAAGAGUACAUUUCACUGCAUUGGAUGGAUGAACAUCAGUGCCCUAACUUUAUCCAUCAUGUAGGUCAGGGAGGACUGGGCACUAUUUGGCAGGAUGUACUCCAGAAUAUAAUCAAAGAAUUUUCUGUACAUAUUUCACUAAAGACAAGUUUUUGGGCUGGAUGCGGUAGCUUACACCUAUAAUCCCAGCACUUUGGGAGGCUGCGGUGAGAGGGUCACUUGAUCCCAGGAGUUCUAGACAAGCCUGGGCAACAUAGCAAGAUCUCAUCCUUACAAAAAAUAAUAAUGGUGUGUGCCUGCAGUCCUAGCUACUUGGGUGGUUGAGGCAGGAGGAUUGUUUGAGCGAGGGAAGUUGAGGCUGCAGUGAACUAUGAUUUUACCACUGCACUCCAGCUUGGGCAACAAAAUGAGACCCUGUCUCAAAAAAAAAAACUUUUCUAGAAUAAGCAGGAUGAUUGUUUGAUUUGAAGAUGGAACAGGAAACUAGAGUGCAUUUAAAAUACUCUGUCUUCAUUUUAACAUGUUGAAUGGAAUAACUGCAUAUCACCAUGAGUUUGUUUUGCUUUUCAUACAGACUUGUAUGUGUCAUUUGAGUGGUUUCCAGAUUGGAGCGAGGUUAUUCUGAUCUAAAUGAACAGCAUUUUUUUCCUUAGCCUCUGUUUGCCACUCUGGGUAUCUCUCCUAUGUGCAAAGCCAUUAGAAAUGCAUAAAACCUCGAGACAUGGUUUUUGGCAAAAACUCCAUGACUUUAAACUAGCUCUUUUACUACUGACCUUUCACAGAGAAAAAAUAUUUCCCUUGAAAAAAACUGGGCUUGUCAUUUUUUCCCUUGUAGCUUUAAGCAGAGACAUAAGCGCCUUGCAUUACACAUAGUAAACUUUCUUUAAAAAAAAAAAAAAAGAAGAUUUUGGAGACUACCAGGGUAAGAUUCCAACUUGUCCAAAAGCUUUCUGGCCUUACAUAUUUUAUUAUAAAAAUUCUCAAGUCUGGAAUCUUCUAUGUCGGAGCUAGUGAUUUCAAAAGGUUUCACAAUUCCCCAAGACAAAAGUGAUUUUCGUUCAUUAUAAUAAGGUUAAGUGAUAUGUGAUUCAUAGCAAUUUUGAUGUGAAGAAGGGAAGGACAUCAUUGACUUAAUAAUAGUAUCAGUCGGUGCAACAGUUGGCAACAUGUGCCUUCACACUUUACCAUAAAGAGACGGGUUUGAGGGUUUGCCUUCUAAAGUCUGCAACUUCAAGAAAAAAAUCGACACUGUGGAUUGACUUUCCUGGUCGCUAUAUAAAGCAAAUUAACUUAAAACACUUUGUAACCAUGUAUUUACUCUGCCAAGUGCCUAUAUUCCAAUAAAAUGUUCAUCCUUGAA